UUAGACACGUUCUUCCCCAAACCCUCGCCUUUUAUAUUCUCUCUCUCCUCUUUUCUGUGCCCCUCUCUCUCUCCUCUUUCCUACCUCUCCUCCAUCUCUAUCCUAACGAUCCGAGAGCUAGCUCUGCAAUCAUGUUGGUCUACCAGGACUUGCUUACGGGGGAUGAGCUUCUCUCGGAUUCGUUUCCAUACAAGGAAAUCCAUAAUGGAGUGUUGUGGGAAGUUGAGGGGAAGUGGGUUGUUCAGGGAGCAGUUGAUGUAGACAUUGGUGCUAACCCUUCUGCCGAAGGUGGUGGUGAAGAUGAGGGUGUUGAUGAUCAAACCGUCAAAGUGGUUGAUAUUGUUGACACAUUCAGGCUCCAGGAGCAACCUCCUUUCGAUAAGAAGCUGUUCGUUGCAUAUAUAAAGAAGUACAUCAAGUUGUUGACACCCAAGCUGGAGGGAGACAAGCAAGACGAAUUUAAGAAGAACAUCGAGGGAGCAACUAAGUUCUUGCUCUCGAAGCUAAGUGACCUCCAAUUUUUUGUCGGGGAGAGCAUGCAUGAUGACAGUACCAUAGUGUUUGCAUACUACAAGGAUGGUGCUACUGACCCAACAUUUUUGUACUUCGGUCAUGGUUUGAAGGAAGUCAAGUGUUGAGAGGAUGGGAUAUUAAUAGCCAGGCUUUGGUUUGGAGCCAUUGUCUUAGUUUAUGUUUUUAUCGUGCCAGUUUUUGUUGGAUUUUUGUACUAUGCAACUUAGAAUUUUGUCAGUUACUGUUUUAUGCAACCUUCGGAUUGUAACAUGCAUUGGCGUUUAUUUGAUAUUCUGGUUGCCCUGAUGGUGUUUUGCAUUUAUAUUGGACUUUGUAGCUUACCCAAAAAAGGGAAAAAAAUAAGAAGAAAGUUUAUAUUGUUUUGUUGUUCUUA